AUGGCGCCGGUUGAAGGCAAGGUCACCAAGAAGCGCGCGCGCAAUGUGGCCAACGCCAGCGCGAUUAUGGAGGGCAUGUUUGAGCUGGUGCGCAGCACACUCACGGCCGUUCUCAACGAGGAGCAGGUGGACCGCGCCAUAGCCCAGGCCAAGAAGCUGCCGGCUGUCAAGCGCAUGCUCGCGGGGGUCAAGGCACCCAAGGCCGCCGGGGGCGGCGGCGGGCCCAAGGCCGUGCGCAGUGCAUACAUGGCGUUCACGACCCUGACCAUGGCGGCCCUCAAGGCCUCCAACCGCGGGGACCUGGCCAACAUGACACUGGUGGGCCAGACGUGGAACAAGCUGCCGCCGGCGGUCAAGGGGAAAGUGGAGGAGCGCCUCAACGCCCUCAAGGAGCGCUACAACGCGGCCCUCAGCGCCGGCACCGCCACCGGCGGCCUGCCUGAGGAGCUCAAGAAGCUGGAGCGUGAGACAGGGGCAGAGGCCAUAGACUUCACCGCACUCAUCAGCAAGUACAAGGACUACCCAACACAGCCCAAGGCGGAGGCGGCCCCCAAGGGGCCGCCAGGGCGCCCCAAGAAGGCGGACGCGCCCGUGCUGGCACUGGAGGCCCCUCCGGCGGCGGCAGCGCCGGCAGCUGGUGAGAAGAAGGCUGAGGAGGGGGAUGGCAAGAAGAAGGAGCGCAAGCACAAGCACGACAAGAAGGAGAAAAAGGAGAAGCACCGCAAAGCCGACGAGUAG